AUGCACUUUCAAUCUAAUACCAUGCCAUCAUCAUCAGAUUACGCCAAAUUGGUAGCUAGUCUUUCACCCGAGGACAUUUUACAAAAAUGGUCUGAGAUUACGCCAUUAAAGAAAAUUUCAGGUAUUCCAAGAUCAGCAGGAUCUGAUUCUUCAAACACUGCUAGUCAAGAUUCAGACUUAUUUAAUGGUCAUGAUGAAGAACAAAUUAGACUCAUGGAAGAAUUGUGUAUUGUUUUGGAUUAUAAUGAUAAACCACUUGGUGCGGGAACUAAGAAAUUAUGUCAUAUAAUGGAUAAUAUCAAUCAAGGUUUAUUACAUCGUGCAUUUUCUGUUUUUUUAUUUAAUGAAGAUGGUAAACUUUUAUUACAACAACGUGCUGAUGAAAAAAUUACUUUUCCUGCCAUGUGGACAAAUACUUGUUGUUCCCAUCCAUUAUGUGUACCUAGUGAAUUGGGUAUAAGUCCUACAUCCAAUGAUGUUAAUGAUUUGGCAACCGCCGUUGAAGGUGCCAAAAUUGCAGCACAAAGAAAAUUGGAUCAUGAAUUGGGAAUUCCUUUACUGGACGUUCCCAUUGAAAAUUUCACUUAUUUGACAAGAAUUCAUUAUAAAGCUCCAAGUGGUGAUGAACGAAGUCCAUGGGGUGAGCAUGAAAUUGACUACAUAUUGAUUUUGAAGACCAAGAAUGACAUAACAUUGAAUGCUAAUUAUAAUGAAGUUAAGGAUUACAAGUACGUAAGUGCUGAAGAAUUGAACCAAAUGUUUGAAGAUAAUACUUUGGUUUUCACUCCAUGGUUCAAAUUGAUUUGCAAGACUUUUUUGUUUAAAUGGUGGUCUAAUUUAGAUAAUUUGUCACAAUUUAAGGAUGAUGAUAUCCACCGCUUGCUAUAA